UGUGCUUCUUUAUUAAUAUGUUAAAUAAUAAGAUUACCCAUAUGACCAUAAAUCACCACAUUUUAGGAAGAGUAAUAUAUUUAAACAAUAUUUUGAGACAUUGACAGCUGUGAUUACAACGUAAUAGAACAGAGCAUGGGUCCUGCCAAUCACCCUAUUUGUUGACUACAUUUUCACAAGAGGAGGAAACACUAAGAUCCAAUUGGAGUAUAGUAAAAAUAAAGAUGGAAUUUUUGUUCUAUGUAAGUUUCCAGAUGCUCUGAGCCCAUCUAUAUAUCCCAGGUUAACAACUCCAUUGUAGAAUUUGUUUCCAUGCACUGUAAACUCAUGGAAGAGCUUUGAUGAACAGGGUCCUCCUUACCAUGGAGUAAAAAGCAAAAUCUAUCCAAAGUCAGCUGAACCUCAAGGGAAAUAAUGAGAAAUUAAAUCUUUAUGUAUUUAUUAUUUUGAGGAGUUCACAAAACAAGCGUUUUGCAAAUUAAACACUUGCUUAGGCUCCUCACUUUAGAGGGGUGAGUACUGAAGGGAGGAGUUGAGAGCAGCCACAGUAGUACAAUAUUUCAUAAUAAAUGUUGUUGAGUAAUUGCUUAUUUCCUGAUAUUAUUUUAAAAAUUUUGGAUUAUCUCUUAAAUUUAAGUGCUCUGUAAUUUAUACCUUCCUAUACAUCUUUUGGAGAGGGAGGGUUAGUUACAUUUAAUGUACUAAUUUUUAGAGGAGGUGCUGGGGAUUGAACCUAGGACCUUGUAUAUGCUAAGCAUGCACACUACCAAUUGAGCUAUACCGUCACCCAACAUCUUUGUGCACAUUUAAAAUGAAAAAAAGUAUAGAUUGCCCAAAGUCACAGGCUAGUAUGUGGAGCAGGCUAUCUCCAGAACUUGACUGGUCACUGUAAUGCCAAGUGGUUGGAGAAAUAGAAUGUGGUGACAGAUACAGUGCCAGAUAAAACCUGUCCAUAAUUAAAUACACAAUCAAACCAUAAAUCUUAGACUUCCAGUAGAGCAAGGUUCUUAUCACUUUGGGAUAUACAUAUUUAUAAAUCUCCAAUGUAGCCCUCAGUGACUUUUAACGUUACUUGAUCUCUCAAACGUUUAACUUUAUAUUCUCAGCUUCCUCAGUAGGGUUAUCCAGAGUGUGUGAUAAAGAGCUCUGCUUAGAUAACGGAACAACCACACGUGGAUAAAACUAAUGGAAAAUUAAACAAUAAAUAUAGGAUUUCUUUAAAACCGUGUUUAAAGAGUUUUGGGGACAAUAGCUUGUAUUAACUAUUUCAUAUUCUGGGAAAUCUGAAGAACAAGCAUCGGGUUUCUUUAUGGAAAGUCUAUGAAUUAUUGCCCUAUUUAAUGGCUUCACGUAUUGUAUGAAUACACAAAAACACGAAUUCACGUAUAGGAACCUUGAUUAAAUUUCACUUCCAGGAUCCAUUGUCGCUUUAGGCGCCCCGCCUAGUCACUACGGCUCUGAGCAAGGGACAAAUAAACGAAGGGCUGGACCGACUGUGGUUCCCGCCCCUGCUUUUGCUGUUUUCAAACAGGUCCGUCAGGCUACUAUAAAAGCUCUUAGUGGCGCUGUCGAGAGUACUACACUCGGAGGUUGAUAGCUGUGGUUUCGCCAUGUCUGGACGUGGUAAAGGCGGAAAGGGUCUUGGAAAAGGAGGCGCUAAGCGCCACCGCAAGGUGCUGCGUGAUAACAUUCAGGGUAUUACUAAGCCUGCGAUCCGGCGUCUUGCUCGUCGUGGUGGUGUCAAGCGUAUCUCUGGUCUCAUCUACGAGGAGACCCGCGGGGUGCUGAAGGUGUUCCUGGAGAACGUGAUCCGCGACGCCGUCACCUACACCGAGCACGCCAAACGCAAGACGGUCACGGCCAUGGACGUGGUCUACGCGCUCAAGCGUCAGGGACGCACCCUCUAUGGCUUCGGAGGCUAAACUACCGAUCGCCCUGCUUCGCACGGCAAAACCAAAGGCCCUUUUCAGGGCCACCUAUCCGCUCACUUAAAAGAGUUAACGCUUUGUUUUAGUUUUAUAAGAAGGUAUUUAAACAGGCACAGGAAUGUCAGGAGAUAUGCCUUGUUCACUGCCAGGAACAGAAGACCUUGUCACCAGAUUACCGUUUACCACUGUGAUUGUAUCAAAGAAGGAAGGAAUGCAGCCCUGCGUCCUAUUCCAAGCACUGUUCCUUGGAUUUUCACUAUAAAACUCCCCACAACUCUUCCCCAAACCAGCUUCGCACUCCUGAGGCAGUAGCCCACUGUGACCCCCUUUGUCUGGCAAAGAAAUAAAGCUAUUCUUUCCUCUUCCCUAAAAUUCUGUGUCUCUGAGCCUUGAUUAG